AUGGCAUCCUCAUCCCUCGCGCCGAUUGAUCUGACUGUGGAACCAGAUCUUCAGCCACUCUACCCAAGUCCAUCGCAGACUGCUCAUCUUCUUUCGCCCAAUGUUGGACUUGCGCCGGCGCAGAAGGCUGAACUGGUGUCCCAUUGCGUCACGCGGGCGUGUCUCUUUGCGGAUAUGACAUUGCUCUCCUUCUUGCUCACAGAUUCCCAUGCCCAGGCGUAUGUGGAUCUCACGAAGCAAGACGAAGACGGUCUCGGACUGAUCAGCAUCACCAUCCUUGGGUUUGGGUCAGAAUGUGACAGAGAUAUCGAACGAGAGGAGUGUGUUAGACUGCUUAUAUCCGAGGGCUGCGACGUCAACGUCUCCGACCAGGCUGGAUGGACUCCACUCCAUUAUGCUUCCCUGCUUGCACCUCCGACCUUAGUGUCACAUUUGCUCACGCAUGGCUCUCUUUCCCUUUCAUUGACUAGGCGCCAAUUGACGGCUCUUGACAUUGUCACCGCACAUUCUACCGUUCCUGGGAGGGAGGAUGUUGCGUUACUCCUGGAAGAGGCGAUGCGUGAAGCCGGUUGGAAAGGCGGGAGGAUGGAGCAGCAGAGGCGCUCCUUUGAGCAACGGAGGCGGCGGUUAGGAAAGAAGAAGAGCGUACAAAACGACAUCGAGAAAGUGUUGGGAAUCAGCCCAAGGUGGUGGGGCCACACUGAGUAUGAUGUGUUCGCGGAUUUAUCCGACGAAGAAGACGGAGAAGAGCAGAGCAGCAGCUUCUCUUUCACGCCAACACCAGAUUAUACCACUAUGCUGGUCUUCUCGCCUCAAUCCUUGCCAGAUAUUUUCCAGUCCUUGAUCACCGAUUUCCCGCCAUCGCUGCGCAACGCAGAACCAGCGAAUGCGCUGUACAUGCUUGCCCGGUUUGCAUGUCUGAACUGCGACCAUAAUUGGGUUGAGGACUUGAUCAUAGGUGCCACUGACACUAUUGAAGAAGCCUUCUUCAAUAGAGCAGAAGACGCGACUUGUCUGAUCUUCUGGCUGUAUAAUACGACGGUUUGGCUCCAUGUUAUGCGCUGCGACGAUGCCAUCAGUGGGACGUGCGAAUACCUGGGUUCGUUCGCUCUGAUCGAGGAGAUCAUCAACUCCGUCUUCGUGUUUAUCAUCCGCUUAGCGGAGAGAAAAAUCGACCAGCUACUGGACGCGGCCUUGCUGGACUACUCACCGCUUUCCAGUGAAUUUGAGUCCAUACAGUUUGAGUCGGAAUGGUCUUUUCUCCGAUCCUUUGGGAGCAAGAAGAAGGCGAUUGUGAAUGGUUCGUCGGCGAACCCUCCAGCCGGCCGCAACCUGCCUUCUCCGAAACUCCCUAGUCGGCCUCCCUCCCCCUCCUUACCGUCUCAAGUAUCCUCAUCACCUCCAACCACGAGGAAUUUUGCAUCAUUGAGGCAGACUUUCACUCGGGCGCGUGCUCCUUCCUCCGCUGCUCCUCUGCAGUCCCUCUUCACCGACACUUCCACUCCUCCUCCACCUUCUCCUCGAGAUAUUACUUCAUUCAUGACCGCUCUGCAUACACUGCUUACACUAUCUGGCAUUAAUCCCAGUCUAAUCGUUCAACUGUGGUCUCAGGUCAUGUACUGGACAGCAUGCGAGACAUUUAAUCGUGUCCUGACACGCAAGAAAUACCUCUGCCGGUCUCGCGCAGUGCAGAUCAGCAUGAAUUUGAGUGUGCUGGAAGAGUGGGUAGGGGAGAUGCAGUUGCCUCGUGGAGUUGUAUCACAUUUUGCUCCUGUGCGGGAUCUCUUGACUUGGUUGCAAAGCCUGUCUUCCAUCAGUGAAUUUCCGAACCUGAUUGCUACGAUCCAGACACUGAAAAAUCUCAAUCCUCUGCAGAUGCGUCGUGCUGUGCGCGAUUACAGAUAUGAGGUUAACGAGCCUCGGAUGACCGAAGAAUGCAACCAAUAUCUUGCACAACUGCAAAAAGAUUGGGAGAGACACAGAGUCAAACUGGGCGUUGAAGCGCUGCGCAAGGAGAUUGUCGAGCGGGAACGUGAUCGCGACGACAAUGUCAGCCGCUCUCCUUCGUUGCAUGACGUCUCGAUAGCUUCGGACAGUGUUUCUGUCACGACUUCUCACGAAACAUCUGCGGCCCAGCGGGGCAUCGACGCACUCUUCGACACGACUCAAGAGAAGUCCUCCUGGGAGCCAAUGAAGGCUCCCGAACCGCUUGGCGAGCUCCUGGAUUCAAGGUUCAUGCUCCCACUUCUUUUGCCCUCAGAUCCGCGAAUGUUAGGCGCGCUGCCUGUGACGAGAACGAAUCCGGACGAGGAAAGGCGUAAUAAUGCGCGUCUCAGUCUAGAUUCUACCGCGACGACUACGAGUCGCGGCAGUUUCGGGUCUCGCGGAGCGAUGGCCUGGCGUCUGAGGAACAGAAAGUUACGUGAGGUGGGGGUCACCACGCUUCAGUGGAUCGAUGGCUCACGCUCGGCUGCUCGGUGGACCCGACCUGUCGAACUGGACGAAGAGGUCGAGGGGCCGCCACCGCCAUACUCUUCAGAUGAUCCCCAGUCGUCUCACGGCGACCUGGAGCCAGCGCUGGUCACCCACCUCACCCCGCUCACAAGAAAACCUUCCACGCGUAGCAGGGGGCGAGCCAGUGUUGGCUCUACGCCCGUCGAGCCAACAGCCGUUGGGUGGAAUUAA